GUGCUCUCUCUCUCUCCACGCCGUUAUUCUCAUCUCCUCUCCUUCCGCAUCGUUUGCUCAACAUUGAUAUCUGGAUUCGAAUUUUCGAGUGGGAUGACGCUAGGAUUGUUAUCAGCGAUUGGAAGAUCAUUCCGGAGAAAGAGAGCGUCUUCACUUGAUAUUCUCUCUCCCAAACGAGCUCCAAGAGACUUCUACAAGGGCAAAAACUGCAAACCUACUGGUUUCCACACCAAAAAAGGAGGAUACGUCGUGCAGCCUGAUAAAUUGCCAAACUACGUAAUCCCUGAUCUCACCGGCUUUAAGCUGAAACCAUACGUGUCUCAGUGCCCUAUAGAGGUCAACAAAACAACUGAAGCUUCCAAGUGAACAUGUCGGAAGAAAUAUGUUUCGAGUCUUCAUAAGCUUUGUGCGUUUGUUGCGAAAUUCGUAUUCUUAUGAUCCUUUAUUUUCUUCAAGGACCUUAAGCAACUUAUGACAACUUUUGGGUUAAUCUUUACUCUCUCUACCAUUUCAGAAUUAGAAAAUUAUGAUAUGAACAUAGAGAUAUAACUCUCAUCUUCUUGUUAUUGGAAUCAAAUGUGCCGAGAUUUAUUAGUGUCA